UGGAUAGUUGUUGUAUUGAAACAUACCGCAUCAAAUCUGAAAGUUGGUUUCUUGGUAAAACUCAUUUUCUAAUGAUCCAGUCCCGUUGGCCAAGAUCGGGAAAUGCGGCUGCGAUUGCGGAGUUCAGCGAUAACGUCCGAGGCGUUCCUAUCGACGACGGCCGAGCGGUACAUUGCAUCGCUGGACAUUGGUACCACGACGAUAAGAUGUUUUAUCUAUGCGGCCAAUCGCGAUAUCGGCAAACUGGAAGUCGUCGGGAGUGCCUUCGAACAAGUCGAGCUAGUAUAUCCAGCGCCGGGACAAGUGGAGAUCGUUCCCAGUCAACUGUGGGAUAGCGUGAUCAGUACCAUAGCGAAUGCCAUUAAAAAUGCUAAACUCACUGCCAAACAAAUCGCUUGCCUGAGUAUAACAACGCAACGAAACACGUUUACCUGUUGGAAUAAGCUGACCGGAAAUGUGUACCACAACUUUAUCACCUGGAAGGACCUCCGCGCGGAUACGCUCGUCCAGCAGUGGAACCGAAGUUUUAAGCUAAGAGCAUUGAAAGCAGGCGCCAAGCUGCUGCAUUUUUUCACCCGAAACAAGCGUUUCCUCGCGGGCAGCGUCAUCAAGCUGAUGAAUCCACAGGUUACGAUGCGCUUGGCAUGGGUUCUGCAGAACAACGCCGAUCUGCAGCGGGACGUCAAGGAUGGCAACGUUUUGUACGGAACGAUCGAUUCCUGGCUGCUGUAUCGACUGCGCCAAGGUCUGGACCAAUCCCGGGUCGUGGAACACAUUGGAGACGUGACCAAUUGUACCUCGACGGGUUUCUACGACCCGUUCGGGCAGGAGUGGGCCGGCUGGGCCUUAAAUUUGUUCGAUAUUAAGAAAGAGCUUCUACCAAAAGUUGUUGAUAAUUCUUAUGAUUUUGGAUACGUUGACGAAUCGCUGUUUGGCAGCCCAAUCAAGAUAGGAACCUCGAUUUCCGACCAAUCCGCCUCGCUGUGGGGUAACUGUUGCUUCGAAAAAGGUGAAGUCAAGAUCACUAUGGGCACGGGGUCGUUCUUGAACGUCAAUACUGGGGCCACGUGUUUGGCCUCCGUCCACGGAUUGUAUCCAUUGGUUGGAUACAAAAUGGCCACAUGUGACAGCCCUGAGUUGGUAUAUCUUAUGGAAGGAGCUUCCAAUGACAAUGGGUCCAUAAUUGAAUGGGCUAUGAGCAUAGGACUGUUCACGGAUCCUCGUGACAGUGCCACCAUGGCACUAUCCGUUCCCGACUCGGACGGAGUUUCAUUCAUUCCAGCAUUCAGCGGACUUGGGCCACCGAUUCGUGACGACACCGCUGGAACCGGCUUCAUAGGCAUCAAAGCUUCAACAAGGAAAGAACACUUGGUACGAGCGAUUCUCGAAAGUCUUGCAUACCGAAUUGCACUGCUUUACGUCUGUGCAUUGGAAGAAACGCGGUAUACUUUCACCAGAAUCAAGGUUGAUGGAGGGGUUUCUCGAAACGAUUUCAUUUGCCAAACAUUGGCAGAUCUCACGGGAUUGCCCGUGGAACGAGGUGAAGUGGCAGAUUCUACGGCGUUAGGAGCGAUGUUUCUUGCCGGACUCAAUGUAGGCAUCUGGCACAGCAAACAAGAACUGAUCGAUAUCAGAAAAAUCGAGCGAGUCUUCGAACCAAACCCGGCGAACAAGAGUAAAUGCCUGAACAGUAUGCGAUCGUGGGAGCGAGCCGUCGAACGAUUUAAGCGGUGGUAUAUUGCUGAAGAGCUAAACAGCCUGAACUGAACUUGUGAUAAUGAUAUUUAGGUAAUAAAUUGUUUUUAACCCAAACCGAACAAACCA